AUGGCAAGGGAACUUGCGGGUUACAGAGUCAGAAACGAUAAACUGCUUGCAGCAAAUAAGCUUCUUCUCCAACAGAAGAACGAGUCUGCUGAUCAGAAAUCAUUGCGGGGACUACUGCAAGACAUCGCCAAAGAUGUGAAAGUAGUGAUUGAUAAAAUCGAUUGUAUAGGUUUAGUAAAUUCGAUGAAGUGGCAAAAGGAGAAACAGUAUACCGUGACUGAGGAAAAUAUUCGAGAUAAACUGCGACGUAUCACCAAUGCAGCAAGGACUGCUCAACGGCAAUUAUUGGAGGCACCUGGGCAGCCCAUUCCCCCCUACCUGACUGAACCCGAAAAUCUACGAAAACGAAGACUUUUGAAAUCUGGUGGAGGUGGUGACGAUACCACUGAUGGGGAGGUAGACGUGGAGCCAUCACCGAAGAAAAUCAGAACUGAGAAAGCUAGUGAUCAGUCCAGCUCUACCGCUGCCUCGAUUAUUGUUACGAAGAAGUCUGCCUCUAAGGAUCCGAAAGGAACCCCUGCCGUUGGGAGAGCUUCUAAUGUCAAGGACAUAUCAAAUGAAUCAAAGAAAAUUCCAUUGGGUAAGGGAAGCAAGGACAAACAAGAGGGGGGUAUGAAUGCAGCAAAAUUGGGGGAAAACAGUGGAGGCAGAAAUGAUCACACUUCAUCCGCAGUCAUUCAAAUAGCUGGACAGGGAUUCAAUGGAGACAAUGAAGAAUUUUUGGUUGAUUCACUUUCCGAAGCCGAAGAAGCGAGUGGUGUUAAUGGGGAAAAUUACGAAGUCGAGAAGGAAGGUAAUGAGGGCGAUCAUGAUGAAGACAAGGAGGACGAAGAGUCUGAAAAAGAAGAUGGGAAAAAAGAUGAAGAACAAGCUAACCAAGAAGAAGUGGAUGAACCGGAAGGCACUCAGGAAGAUGAUGAUGAUGAUAAGAAAGGCGGAGAAGAAGAAGAUGAGGUUGACGGAAAAGUUGAUGAAGGAGAAUAG